AUGGGGCAGAUCUGCAAGGAGAGGAGUGGGUCUCUUAAAGCCAACUUGGUGGGUAUUCCAGGUAGUGUCUUGGGAGGUGUAGCUGGCUUGGCAGUGGCCACGAUUGGUGUCCCAGCAGCACUGGGGGCAGCAGGCUUCACUGGCGCUGGAAUUGUAGCUGGCUCUCUGGCUGCAAAAAUGAUGUCGGCAGCGGCCGUCGCCAAUGGUGGAGGAGUAGCAGCUGGGAGCGCUGUUGCCGCGCUUCAGUCAAUCGGUGCUGCUGGGCUGUCUGUUGCUACCACAGCUGCAGUGACAGCUGGUGGAGCACUGCUGGCUGCCAUCUUCCUUUAA